CCGCCAUUAUUAUUAACAACAUUUUUAAAGCAAAAACGAGGCUAGUCUCCGAACAUUGUCAUUAAUUAAUUUAUAGUUUUUGCGUGGAUCUUGGAUUUAUAAUACAUCAUGUAUCAUUUUAAUACCUAGUUCUUUCAAAUAGUUUCUUACAAUGUCACGCAGUAAAUCUUUAGUUCGUUUAAAAAUAACAAGCCUAAUUUCAUCUGCCAACUCACUUUAAUCAGUGUACAGCCUAUCAACUUAAACAAGACACAAUAUAGGCCUAAUUUGGACAAUGUACAAUAAGUGAACAGUGAAAAAUGAAUGAGUGAGAUAAACUCUGUAUGUCUGGACUAUGGAAUUUCAUCCUUGCGGGAUCUGUGGAAUUCAUGUGUUAGAAACUGACGAGGCAGUCCAGUGUGAUGGCCAGUGUUCUUUGUGGCAUCACAGAGAAUGUUUGGGAAUGACUUUAGCGGAAUAUUUAAAGUUAAGUAGGGGACAAGAAGACUGGUUUUGUACUAAGUGUAUUGUCAAACAAGAAAUUAAACAAGAGGCUCAGGCUCAUAGAAGGAGGCAACAAAAAUCAGAUAUGGGGAAGACAAAGAUAGAGUGCAAGAAGCUAGAAGCUUUGGCAGGAGACCAGAAAUGUGUCUUUUGUCACCAGACAGAUAUAGAUGAAAUGAAAUACGGUCCUGUCUAUAUGCAUAAGAACAUUAUCACACACUAUUAUUGUUUGCUGUUAUCUUCGAACAUGGAACAAAAUGGAAGAGAUUCUGAUGGAAUCCUGGGAUUCUUAGGGAAUGAUAUUCAUAAAGAAGUAAGAAGAGGGGCACGACUUUACUGCACAUACUGUCGCAGUGGAGGUGCCACUUUAGGAUGUGCUGUUGCCAAAUGUAAAGUAGUGUUUCACCUUCCGUGCGGGAUGAAGCACGGAACUUUGCACCAGUUUUUCGGAGAGUUCAAGUCAUUCUGUGCCAAGCAUCGGCCGGUACAAAAAAUAAGCGCAAAAAUCCUAGCUGAAUCAAGUAAGAACGCAAUGUGUGGGAUAUGCUACGAAAAGGUCGUACCACGACCUAUCCAUGAAACCCUUUGGGCACCUUGUUGUCAAAAGAGCGCUUUCUUUCACAGGGACUGUGUACAGAAACUGGCAACAAGUGCCGGAUAUUUCUUCAAAUGCCCUCUUUGCAACAACACAAGCACAUUCCAGAAAGAGAUGAAGGAGUUUGGUGUAUACAUUCCCGAGCAUGUGUACGUGUGCAGGGACGCGUCCUGGGAGUGUGUACCCAAUGCGUACCAAGAUCUGCUAGUCAGACAUGACACAUGCGACAGUGUGGCCUGUAGCUGUCCUCGCGGCCGCAAGUUCAAUAACCAGGGAACGAGAUGGGAAUUGGUGCUCUGCAAAUUCUGCGGCUCGCAAGGAAUGCACAUCGGCUGUGGCCGGCUCAAAUGGAAGUCCCCCGAGUUUAUUUGUGAUAUCUGUUCAGGAAAUAUGGAGUCGGAAGAAGAAGACGCAAGAACACAAGGCAACAGGCACAGGUUGACCGGGACAGCUCGGACAGCUGAAAUCCAUCCAUCUGUUUCUGCUGAUAGAGAAAGAGAAAGGACUGUUAAGGAGGAGGAUAGUGACGACGAUUCUCAUGAGAGUGAGAAAGUUACCAUUUCAAAUCGCAGAGGAAGAAGAAGAAUUGUUUCUCCCCCUGUGGAAACCAAACCUGUUCAAACGAGCACGCGUAAGAGGUCGAUCUCUCCCCUUGUGGAAACUAAAGACACUGACACGAGGACGCACAAAAGGCCGGAGAAACAUGCAAACAGAGUACCUUCAGCCAGUGCAGCUCAAAGAGAAGACACCUCCAGGGACAGUGACGCUGUUGUCAUUGUAGAUAGUGAUGACGACGAUGUGGAAUUUGUCGAAGGUCCCAAGGGAAACAGCUGUUUGAAAACCAACGACGGGUCCACCAUUCCAAUCAUAAAAGUGCAAAAUAGUGUAGAUAAAAGACUGAACGUUGAAGGGGAUGUUAAUAUACCUGACGAGGUCGUCGACAUCACAGACAGGGAACCUCCAGCCAAAAGACAACCGUCGCCCAUCGUCGAAGAGGUGAUCUAUAGUCUUCCGUCGCGUUCACCAAAACCGAGCACAUCGACGUUUUGUCCGACGCCAUCGACGAGCUUCUCCACCGCCUCGCUACCUGAAGGUGCUGCCAAUCUGGGACCGUUUGUGAUCGUCGACCCUGCCACGUUCCGCCCAGAGGACUAUCCGCCCGGGACGGUGCUAUAUAGAAGCUAUACUCCCAUGGUGCCGGUGCCCCAAAGUGUUCCUCCACCUCAACCCCAGGUCCAACCAGUGCCAACUCAAGUUCCUAUGCAGGACCCCAAACCAAGCACUAGCCACCCCGUGUCCCAGCUGGGCAGGUCCCAUGGGCGUAGUGCAGAUGCCGAACAUCCAAAUCUCCGUCAACACAGGGGUAGGGGCCGCCUCAAUCUCAACGCCCCAGCGGACCACUUCACGCAGGCAAGAUCGUUCAAACAUCAUAGUUCUGGACGACGAGGAAGACGAUGUGAUAAUGAUAGACUGAGCCCUGUAGUAGUUUUGACUCGACUCAAGAAUAGAGUUUCCGAACGUGGGUUUGUUGAGUUUUCGAUACCAAGAAGAGAUUUGGGUUUUGGUUACGCCUUCAGUUCUCUUAAAAGAAAAAUGACACCUUUACCAUCAAGACCUGCUAAAAAGAUGAAACCAUCAACUGCUUCACCUCCACAAAAAAAAAUGGGAAGACCAAAAAAUAAGAAGUUAGGAAGACCACCAAAAGGUGGAGUAAAAACAAAACGGCAAAGAAAAAAGCCAACAAUCAUUAACACUGAAGAAAAUCAAGAGAACAGCAGUCCGAAGAAAAAGGUGGAUAUAAAAAAACUCAUCAGCACAGCAAUAACCAAUUUCUUUUUCUCAGAUGGAUCAGAAGAAAACAAGAAUAAAAAAACAGACCAUAAGGAAAAAGAGAAAGAAUCUGAACACAAACAAAAUUCAACUCCUGAAAAAGAGAAAGAUAACUCAUCACCUGAUCAGAAUCCCAAACAAAGUAAGAAACAAAAAUUAACUAAAUGGCAAGGCAGGAAAAUUGAUGAGUACCUUAAGAAACCCAACAGCACAUACAUAAUGCAGCCAGAUCUCCCUCUGAACACGAUUGUUACUGAUAAUAACUCAGUUGCUGAUAGUAACUUAGUUGCUGAUAAUAACAUAGUUGCUGAUGAUAACUCAGUUACUGAUAAUAACUUAGUUGCUGAUGAUACAGUUACUGAUAAUAACUUAAUUGUUGAUGAUAACUCAUUUACUGAUGAUAACUCUGUUACUGAUAGUAACUCAAGCUACGUUACUGUCAGGGCACUGAUUGAUGAAAUUAUCGAAGGCAUCAUGGAAUAUUCACCAAGAUUGAGCUCCUCUGAUAGUGCGUACAGUGACCAGACGGUUACGCCCAAUGAAACUGAUUUGAGUGUACCGAGUUCCAACCCAACAGUUGCUGACAUGACUUGCGAAGAAAUGAAAACUACUGCAAAUUAUAACAGUUCUGUUGACUUAAGCAGUAUUACUACAGAGAAUAACUCUUUGUCUCAUCCAACAGAUGGGUCGGACAGUGCAAUUUGUGACAGUGAUGCCAACUGCAAAAGUCUCAAUGGAAAAGGAAAUGUACAAUGUGAAAAUGAAGGAGUUGAUGCAGCUCAGGAUAAACUCUCUUCCUCAUACCAAGACAAAAAACUUGAAGAAUUUGGAGGAAGCAAUAAAAAUUUUCCUUCUGGAAAAAUAGAAAAUGCCAUCAGUAACAGUUUAGAAAACCCACAUUUGUCCCAGGAAGUAAUAGAAAAUAGUUUGGGAGAAAAUGAUCGUCAAAGUACUAGCUGUACACCUAAAAUUGAUUAUGCGAUCAAGUCUUUUAAAUUCCCAAAAAUUAAAAUCAAAAUGAGUCGAAAUGGGUAUUUAGCCAAGGAUACGAAAAAAAGAUGUAUAAGUUGUAAAGGUAUACAAAAAUUGAAAUCCAAUGAAUCCCAAAGUCUUCAAGGAGAGAGUAGUGAGUCAAAAGUUGACUUAACUAAUGGUUCGGCAAAAAAUUCAAAAAGGAAAAGAACAUUGAGUGAUGUUUCCCUUCCAAAAGCAAAGAAGAGGAAGCCAGAGAAAGUUAGCCCAACCAGUAAACUCGGCACUAUUCAAAACUAUUUUACUUCUUUAAAGAAAGACGACUCUCACGGAUCUUUUAAUAAAUCUGCAACUACAUCUGAAAGCAACAGAAACAACGGAAAAGAAAAUGAUUGUUGGCCACCUAUGGUUGAAUCAGGGGAAGUAGUAAGCACCAUCUCUACACAGAGCUUCUACACUAAUAAUAACACGAAUAAACAGACGCAUUCAAACCCUGAAAAGAGCCCUAAAAAAAUACCAUUAAUGGAACAAGUGUCCAGUACAAUUACCUCGGCGACAACACCUCUAUUCAUUCCGUUAAACCAGUGGUGAUAGUUAUCUUGUAAAGAUGUUAAAAUAGCUUUAAAGAAGUAAAAUAAAACCUCUCCAGUAUUGUUUAGCUUGAUAUUAUCUGAAGUGUCAUAUGUAAGUCGUUAAGAACGAUUACAAUAAAAGUUGCCUAGGUGUGGUCACUGCAUUGUUUCCUUUGGAUUAAAAGUUGGGGCAGAUCAAUCAUUAGCAGAGUUUGGCAGGAAUAGUUGAUUAAGUAAAGAGCUUACAUUCAUUUAGAAAACUUAUAUGCAAGUUAUUGACAUGAUGAAUGCAUCUGAGGCAGGUCUGAACAUUCAUCAAGCAAGAUAUAUGUUUUGAUCACUGACAGGUUAAUGAACUUUUCUUUAAGUUUUUUGAGUUAUUUCAAGCCUAUACAAACCAAGAACCAAAGUUUAAAAACUGCUCUAGGCCCUUUAAUGUUAACCUAUAUCAAACUAACGCAAUACGUUUGCCAUAGAUUAUAUAUUGUUUUUCUUAUACAUUUUUUUAUUGUUAUGUUAAAACCUGAAAUGUAGCGUCAAAGCUAAAACUUAAAUAUCUUCUACUUGACUUGUUAUAUUGUUUAGAUUUUAAGAUUUAAUGAAAUUGAUUGAUAAAUAAUA